UCAUUUGCAUCAUAAAAAUAAGAUAGGUUACAGUAAAUAUUAUGCUAAAAUUACCUAUAAACAAAUAUUAAUUUAUAUUUUACAGUAUUGUUCAGUGUGGUAACUGUGGGAAAGUUCACUUAUCCUAUAUAUACAGUACUGUUAUUUUAUAAACUGUUUCUUACUUAUAAAGGAUUGGUAAAGCACAAGAUGGCUGAAGAUGCGACGUCAUUCCAAGCAGUCAAAAGCACUGCUUCUGAAACAAGUACUAAAAGAAAAGGUUUCAUAAGUCCUACGAGCAGUUUUGUAGAGUUUGAAAAGCUCGAGACAGAAUACUUUUCAGAAGAGGGAAGACAAGGAGCUGCAUCCUAUAACCCCCACAUACAUAGAAAAAUCAAGAAGCCCGUUACUAAUUUUGAGACAGCCACCCAUCUGCUGAAGGGGAGCGUGGGAGCUGGGAUACUGGCGAUGCCCAAAGCCUUCGACAACUCGGGAAUAAUCAUUGGCCUCGUCGGAACUGUGCUGUUGGGAAUAAUCGUCAUCUACGCGAUGGAUACAUUGUUUAGGAUGCAAUAUAUACAGUGUCAACGUUUACGAGUUCCAUUCCUAACGUUGCCUCGAUCAAUGAAGAUUGGGCUGCUGAACGGGCCCCGACCUCUGAGAAAACUGGCCUGGCUCGCUCCGUGUAUGGUGGAUUUCUUCCUUGUCACUUACCAACUUGGCAUAUGUACAGCAUACGUGAUUUUUAUCGCACAUUCAUUGAAACAUAUAGCAGAGCCACGUGUUGUGGAGAAUCUAGACGACCGUGUCUACUUGCUAGUUCUGUUCAUCCCGGUGGUUCUCAUCAACUACAUCCGCAACUUGAAGCUUCUGACUCCUGUCUCGUUCACGGCCAACAUUCUCGAGGUGAUAGCUCUCAUAUUCUGUUUCUACUACAUAUUUGCAGUUGGUCCAUUCAAGUAUGAGGAGACCAACAUGGUGUCUUCCGUCAAGACUUGGCCUCUUUUCGUCGGGACGGUUCUGUUCGCCCUCGAAGCUGUUGGAGUGCUCAUCGCACUGGAGCACAAUAUGAAAACACCUCAAGACUUUCUGGGAAAGAGAGGAAUAUUUCCGUGGUGCCUUGCUGCGGUUAUUUCCUUAUACGUUGCAGUUGGAUUUUUUGGAUACAUUAAAUAUGGGAAGGGUAUUGAGGAGACAAUCAUCGCUUCCUUACCAAAAGAUGAAUGGUUAGCACUGACGACCGAGGGCAUCUACGCCAUUGCAAUCUACGGCACGCACCCCCUCCAGUGUUACGUCUCCCUUGAGAUAUUGUGGGGAAACUACAUUGUUUCACACAUUAAGAAUGAAAAUUUAGAAUGCUACGUGGAAUACACAUUGAGAACUGGCGCUGUUCUCGUCACUUUUUUGGGAGCCUUACUUAUCCCGCACGUGGACAUCAUGAUCUCUCUGGUCGGGGCCUUCUGCCUGUCCACUCUUGGGAUGGCAUUUCCUUUCCUAUUGGAGCUCUGCACUCUCUGGCCAGACGAGCUCGGGUGCUGUUACUACAUCCUGUUCAAGGACAUAUUCUUCAUCUUGAUGGGUAUCGCGGUGCUGAUUCUCGGCACUUAUGUAUCUCUGCACACCUACAUCAGCUCAUGAGCGUCUACAGAUUAGUUUUCACUGUAUAUCUUUGUUUAUCAAGAACUUUUAUGAAUUGAGCUAAUUAGAUGAAUUGCUUGUUAAAUUAGGUAUGCAUCUGAAGAAACUUUGAUUUUAAUAAAUAUUUCAAAUGCUG